AUGCCCUUCGUGGUCGCCGACAAGCUCGGCUUCUUCCGAGAGCAGAACCUCGAGGUCGAGCUCGUCGCGCCCGCGGACCACUGGGAGGCGGAGAAGGAGAUUCUGGCGGGCCGCCUCGACGUCGCCGUCACGGAGACGCUGCACCUCGCGCAGGACGCGGCCGCGGGCAAGCCCAUCCUAGGGUUCGCGCGCUUCCUCCAUACGGACGGCGGCGUCAUGUACUUCGCGGACAGCGGCAUCGAGCGGCCGCGCGACAUGUGCGGCAAGACGAUCACGUACCCGGGGAGCCCCGGGCCCGGCGGCCCGGCCAUCGUCGACACGAUGGUCAAAGCCGACGGCGGCGACUGCGGCGGCGAGCCCUACGGCAAGUUCAACGGCGGCUUCGACCACGUCGGCGCGCUCGCGGCCGGCGACGCGGACGUCGCGACGCUCGUCUUCGCCAACUUCGAGAUCCCGGCGGCCGAGGCCGCGGGGAAAGACGCGCGCUACUUCGCGCUCAAGGACUGGGGCGUGCCCGACUUCUGCCAGCUCGUGCUCAUGACGACGCCGGAGCGCUUCGCGGAGCUGAAGCCGGCGCUCCGGCGGCUCGUCCUCGCGCUCCGCCGCGCCGUCGGCGUCUCGCACGCGUCGCCGGGUCUGGCGAUGGAGCUCUACGGCGAAGCGGACCCGGAGAGCCCGCCGGCGACGCUCCACGCGACGCUCCCCAUGUUCCCCAACGACGCGUCCAUGGCGCCGGCGUACUUCGACGGCUUGAUGGGCUGGCUCGUCGAGACGGGCCAGGUCGCCGCGGACACCGCCGUCGACCCGGCGACGUACUGGACGAAUAGCGUUGCGCUCCCCUGA